UUAAUUUAUUGCGAAUACUUCACACACAGCUGUACCUUCUGUCAGGAGUAUUAAAUAAAAUAAAAAUUAAUUAAGUAAAAUAAUUUCUGUCUCUAAACACUAAUUAAAAGUUGUCGGUCUGUUAAAGAAUUGUUGCUGACUUUAGAAGCUCAACUCGUUGGUCCAGUUUUGUUGUGUUUUUAAAGCUGACUCACACCGGAAGUGUGUAAACCAGUCAUGUCUGCCCUUAUUCUGUUCGCCGGAGCUCUCGCAGGAUCUUUUAUUUUAAUUCGGAAAUUUGUGUCAGGAAAGAGAUGCAAGAGCAAGAAAGAGCUUCACGGCAAAACAGUGAUCAUUACCGGCAGUAACACAGGGAUUGGAAGGGAAGCAGCUGUAGAUUUGGCCCGGAGAGGAGCUCGUGUUAUUCUGGCCUGCCGCAGUGUCGUACGUGCUGAAGCAGCCCUGGCUAUCGUCAAAAGAGAGAGCCGAAGCAAUAAUGUGGUGUUCAUGCAGCUGGAUCUGGCCAGUCAGAAGUCCAUUCGUUCCUUUGCUGAAACGUUCCUCAAAACAGAAAAAAGACUGGAUAUUCUUAUCAACAAUGCAGGGGUUUUUAUGCAGGGCACUACAGAGGAUGAUCUUGGUUUGAUGUUUGGAGUCAAUCAUAUCGGUCACUUCCUCCUGACCAAUCUCUUACUGGACAAACUCAAAGAAUGUGGGCCAAGCAGAGUUGUUACUGUAUCCUCAUUGUGCCAUGAGUUUGGGAACCUUGACUUUAAACUACUUACUGCUCACAAAGAAUUUGGAAAAGGCAACUCUUUGAUUGAUGCCUUCAAGAUAUACAGCAACAGUAAGCUGUGCAAUGUGCUGUUCACACAUGAGCUUGCAAAGAGGCUUCAAGGAACUCAGGUCACAUGCUACAGCCUCCACCCAGGGGCUAUCAAUUCUGAGUUUUCUCGCAAUGUUCAGCCAUGGUUAAAGAUGUUGAUGAAACUUGUAGGAGCCCUGCUCUUCAAAGAUGUGGAGUCAGGCACCCAGACAACUUUGUACUGUGCACUCCAGGAAGGCAUCGAAAGCCUGAGUGGUCGAUAUUUCUCCAACUGUGGACUAAAGGAAGUUUGGCCCAAGGCUAAGGAUGAUGCAGUGGCUAAGAAGCUCUGGGAAGUGAGCGAGAAGUUGUGUGGCCUGCCAUGAAAUAAGCUCUGGACCGAAUAUUCAAAAAGCCAUAUAAUGGUUCAGAGACUUUCAUAAAUUCUGUGUGGAGAGAUAUAUAGAACUGCUGAAUCUACUGUUUUUGGUUAAAUUGUCAUUAUUCAGGGGUAAUCUAAAUGUUUUUUAUGGGGUAAAAUAAUUCAGCUUAUUAAAAAAACAUCAUGGUAUAUGAUUAAACUGUCUUUUACUUCUAAUAAUAUCCACACAUGACAAUGAACAACUGGCAGAUGAAAUUCCCAGCUUUAUAAGGCAGCAGAUUAACUCCAUGUCUGCAGUCCAAUCGCAGAGGUUGUAUUUGUCAAGUGUGACUUUAAUUAUAAAGUAUGGUACAUUUUGAAUUAGUUUUGUCUGUUUUGAAUUAGUUUAAUAUGAUUGAGCUUGAGGAAUAAAACUUCAAUGGGUAUGAAUACUUUUUUGUCAAUUAAGGCAAAUGUUCUUUAUAUGCUGUUAUGUGUCUUUUAUUGGAACAAGCAUAUCAUACAGUCACCAUAGUUCCACUGUUCAUUCAUCCACAGUUCAUAGUCCACGCCAAUCCUGAACAUAUCACAUGUGUAGCUAAACAACUAACAAAUUUCCAAAACGAUGAAAGUAUAUGCUCGAACACAAUACAUCUCACAUAUAUCGUGGUAAAGAUCCAAUUCGCGCUCAUAUUUCACGGU